AUGAUGUUUCAUGGACCGGGUGCUCAGUAGCAGAUAAUUACAACUACAAGAUAGGAAAUAAAAAGGAUAGUGUAUUCAAUAAGUCAAGUUUCCUAAGAGGUUGUCUACAAGUCCGUCAUUCACUGGUGCUUCCAAGUUCCCAGCAUCUAGAGGGUGUUUAGGGGACUGUCAUACUAAUAAUAUGAGCACUCACUUAAGUCUAGUGAUCCACCGAGCAGUUGUGGAAUCGGCACGCUAUUAACGUCUAUGUGGUCAUCUAAGUUACGUCUUUAAUGAACAAGCAAGACGUACAAGUAGUAAUGACAGAUACUGUCAGGAAUGGUAUAAUGGUCAUGGCGAAACGACCCUAUCGACACGCUCAAUUGAUUAAUGUGUGCGUUCUUGACACUGGAAUGUUGUUACGGAAUUUACUGCGGGAGAAAAUAUCUCAAUAGUUAAUAGACUUAACAGUGUUUACAGGUUAAAAAAUUCUGAUAAAAUUUCAAAUAUACACAAAACCCAUCUAGCAUAAAAAAUAUGGUUAGUGUGACAGCGCGAACAAAACACAGCUGGAUUUCUGUUCUAGGGAGAUAGUAAAUCGAUACGUUACAUAGUCCUUAUAACUAAGCUAACUUCCAAUUUAUAACUUACAAUAAGGACCUGAUGAUACCUGCACCAACUGAUGAUUCACAAUUGGAUGAUGUCAGUAAUGGGCUAUUUAUUCCGCUUGGAGAGACGCAUUUUUGACAGAAACGAUAAUGUUUAUGAAACAAAUAACACGUCAAACUCAAAGAUCUUUUGCUACAACUACUCCAAUACGCUAUUCUAUAGCUAAUACAGUCAAACAAACUGUUUUCGGUAAAGAUGAGAAACAGAAAGCAGAAGAGAAAGCAGAAGUGAUGAAAGAAAAGGCUAAAGCAACGGGUGAUAGAGUUUACGUAAAAGGUAGCGACCUGGCUGGAGAAGCAAAACAAGGCAUGUCUGAAGCUGCUGAUAGUGCUCAAGGAAAUGCAGAAGUAGGCAAACAAAAAGCUGAAGAGAAAGCUGAAGAUGUAAAACCUCACGUUGAAAGUGCUUCGCAGAAGGCCAAAGAGUUCGGUCACGAAACAGCAAAGAAGGUUUCAGAUGCCUCUGAGAAAUUUCAAGAGAAAACAAAAUAAACGUAACGGAGUAAUUUGCUUUUUCUACAAAAGUGUGAACGUUGUUCUAUAAAAAUACAUCUAAAUUUAUGAUCCUUGAAAAACCGACGAUAGGAAGCUACUCCAUUCUAAAUCAGCGCUGUCGACAGGUGUUGAAUUUAUGAAUGUCGCAUUCUCUGUGCCAUUGUCGAACGCAUUGAUAGGAUUUGAGUGCAUAAAGUUGAACAUGCUGUUCAGAAGCAUCUGGUCAUCUCUCGCGGGACUAGUACUAUCACUAGUCUGUUGCGCACUAGGGAUCUCUGUCAAAGCCUUUAAUGAAGAUGUUGCCAAAU